GUUUUUUAUUCAACCUCUUCGUCACAAGUCCGAAUGCAACGAUAUAGGACAAUACGCAAGCUAUCAUAACAACAACAACAACAACACAUCCGAUUGCAACAACCGAUAGUUGAAUUACUGAAGAAUCCUGCACGCAUUUAUUAUUUGAUCGAUACUUGAGUUAAACCUCGCCGAGGACAAAACAGUGACACGAAGUUUAUAUUCCGUUCAAGAUUUGGGGCAAGCUGCUGGAGGGACGGGAUAGCCUCCCGAUCAGCUGACGUCGGCCGCGACCUAUCUAGGUGGGAAUUAACGUCACCAAGAGAAACCAAGUCCGCUAAUUAAGCCGCACAGCUUUUAAUGUGGGACUGUGUACCUGUUGUUCCUCGGUCUACCAACUGGAUAGCAGGAACCAGCCUCCAGAUUAGGCUACAUCUCACCUUUAACUACCUCUGCCUGCGGUGUUAGUCUUGUUUUGCAUGGAAUGAAUCACUUGAGACUCCGUCGCAAUCUGCAACGGUUUGCGCAGACAGGAAAAAUAACCGACCCUAACGCAUAUAAGCCUAUUAAUAGGAUGUACAGGUAGAAAGGAGUUUAUUUGUGUGGUGGAAUCCGAAACCUUAUGCUUUUGUUGUUCAACCGUAGUCGUUUUGCCAGAUCAAGAUAUAGAUUAGGCCUGAAUCAUAUUUGUUAGCGAGUUUGUGACCUGGACAGUUGGGUGCUGCUGGACAAGAUGAAAAUAUGAAUCCAAUACAGUGAGUCUGGUGACGUCGCCGUGUUCGGGCCGUGGCAGAACAUGCACGGGCCAGGAUCUGUGUUGUGAGUGAGAUCCAACUUGCGGGGAAAUUAUCUCCGCCUCCUCCGUUCAAAGGGGAAUCAUAUUUUUUUGCGUGUAGUUUCUCGUGGUUGCUGUGUGGAGCCGGCCGCCACACACCCACUCCUCAACAACGACGGCUUUUGCUUGCAUCUUCCAGUGCUUCUUCUGUCAGCAAAUCCAGCAGAGCUGCUCCUCGUCCGCCGCUAGCCCGGACGUCGCGGCCCCCGACACAGCAGCCACUCACAGCCUAGAGCCACGCCCAUGUGACAUGGUGAAGAUGACCAAGUCGAAGACGUUCCAGGCUUACCUGCCCUCUUGCCAUCGCACUUACAGCUGCAUCCACUGCAGGGCACACCUGGCCAACCACGAUGAACUCAUUUCCAAGUCGUUUCAAGGCAGCCAGGGAAGAGCCUACCUCUUUAACUCUGUUGUGAACGUGGGCUGUGGGCCAGCCGAGGAGCGGGUCCUCUUGACAGGUUUACACGCUGUCGCCGACAUCUACUGUGAGAACUGUAAAACCACACUGGGCUGGAAAUACGAACAUGCGUUUGAAAGCAGUCAGAAGUACAAGGAGGGGAAGUUCAUCAUCGAGCUGGCUCACAUGAUCAAGGACAACGGCUGGGAGUGACUUCUUCUGACAUCACUUCCGGUGUCAUCACUUCCCUUUAAAGACCUCUGACUUAUCAGAGCUCUGGAUCUAUCAGACUUUACAGAGCGAUAACCAAUCACCAUCAACCACACACCGUGCUGCACACUUUCAAACACACACACACACAUCACUUCUGGCUGUGAACCAUGAUUUUGUGAGAGGAACAGAUCAGAGCAGUGGGACCUUCAGUGAAGACCCUGUGAACUCUUCACCAGCCAGUGAUAUAUAGCUAAACUUGACUUUGUUCCUCUUCCAGGCCCCUCCCUCUCAGUGAUGUUGUCACUUGGUCACAAGGCCACUACAGCUUUGUAGAGAGAUGCGAUUUUCUGAUUCUCUGUUUUCCUCAUCGUCCCCCUAAGCCAGUCAACAGGAUGAAGAUGGGGAAGAGGAAGUGGACUCUUCUUUCUUGUGUGUUGUUCUGCUGUGGGUUUUACUGGUUAAAAGAACAAUGAUGUUACUGGUUAGCAUUUCUUCUGUCUGGGUGGGAUGACCUCUCAGCCCCCCAGCACAGACCAGCAUGCUUUUACGAUCUCCGUUCGGGGAGGGGGUUAAAUAACCCCACUAGGUUGAUGUAGCGGUUUUCUUUUUAACGUGGGAGGGGUUCGUGGGUGUGGGUUGUAACCACAUUUGUUAAUACUUGUGUUUCACUGAUUGCGUUUUUCUGUCUAUGUUUUCGAUGUAGUGUGAUGGUGGGUGUCUGCUGAGGAGAGGUCCGUAUCUCCACAGACACUGCAGUGGUGGUGGUGCCGGCUGGUGGUAGGUCACAUCCCACUGCUCUAUGGGUUAGAACAGACCUGUCAGGAGGAGAUGGGUUAGAACAGGCCUGUCAGGAGGAGAUGGGUUAGAACAGGCCUGUCAGGAGGAGAUGGGUUAGAACAGGCCUGUCAGGAGGAGAUGGGUUAGAACAGGCCUGUCAGGAGGAGAUGGGUUAGAACAGGCCUGUCAGGAGGAGAUGGGUUAGAACAGGCCUGUCAGGAGGAGAGGGGUUAGAACAGGCCUGUCAGGAGGAGAUGGGUUAGAACAGGCCUGUCAGUCACUUCCUCCACAGAACAUUGUCUAGUGUAACAGCUUCACAAACCUGAUACAUGAGUUAUAGACUAUAUUCAUAGAUAUGCUAGACACAUUUGUAUGGAUAUCUACUAUAAUCCAUGCACAUCCUAUAGAUAUACUAGAUGAUGUUUAUGUAUGGGUACAGUGUAUGUAUGAGACAUUCUGAUGGUCUGUGUAACCUGUAUGUAUGGGUACAGUGUAUGUAUGAGACAUUCUGACGGUCUGUGUAACCUGUAUGUAUGGGUACAGUGUAUGUAUGAGACAUUCUGACGGUCUGUGUAACCUGUAUGUAUGGGUACAGUGUGUGUAUGAGACAUUCUGACGGUCUGUGUAACCUGUAUGUAUGGGUACAGUGUAUGUAUGAGACAUUCUGAUGGUCUGUGUAACAUGUCUUCAUGCAGCUGUUGCAUACUUGAAGUUACUUUGUUUGCACUCUGCAGAGGCCUUAGGUUCAUUGUUUAGAGGCAAAAGUUUGUCUGCUCGUGCAUCCGUCUGUCUGCUCGUCCGUCUGUCUGCUCGUGCAUCUGUCUGUAUGUCUCUCUUUAAAGACCAUUUUCUGAAAUGAUUAAGAGACUGAUUGUAUGAUAUCAUUAGAAUGAUGUUGAGGUGGUUGCUGGCUAGAUCAUCUCCUUGUUCAUUCCUUGAUCCUUAGUCCUGGUUUGAAAGUCUUUACCUCCAUUCGAUUCACUUUAAAUCUACAGAUUGUUGUUGUCACUUUGCUUCUGCUGCUUAAAGGCAUGAACAAUAACCUUUUCCAAGGAAAACUAUUUAAUGUGUUAAUUGCAAUCCUUUGCUGCUACUAGAAAAAUACAAUCCAUUGCCCUCCUUUAUUCCCUUGGUCCACCUGCUCCUUUUGCACUUUAUCUUUCAACCUGACGCUGUACGAUAAUGAGCGAAUGAACGGCUGUUUCAGUAGCUUCCUUUGAUGUUCUUCUCUAACUUGUUAGUUUGCCUCUAAGCUGAAUGAAUCUUGUGCCUCUUCAAAAAGAGUCCUCUUCUGUGUUGUGCAGUGCAUAACUAAACUAUUACAACCCCCCCCCCCUCGGAAAAAUUCAAUCAACUCAGUCACAUAGAACCCCAAAUCUAGCAGUAUAGAUUAUUGAUGCAUACAUUUAAAAUAUAUAUAUAUAUAAUAUUUUUGAGUUAAAACUCAAUGGCUUGUUGUUCAUUAAGAGUAGUAAAUAUGUCUUAUUAUGUGGGUUUAGGGGUUACUAAUCAGACCUCGAUGUACAGUGGGGAGAACAAGUAUUUGGUACACUGCCGAUUUUGCAGGUUUUCCUACUUACAAAGCAUGUAGAAGUCUGU